UGUGCGAGGCGGAUGGGGAAGCACAAGCAACCCAGUGGCUUCUUCUUCUUCGUCCAGCAGGGCACCGAAGUACGACAAUGACAUCGACAGAGAUGGAGCAGGAGGCCGGCGACCAGCUCCUCAGCAAGGUCAUGUACGAUCCCGGCAACGUGUCAGGCACACGCUUGGCCAAAUUCCAGCAAAAGAUCGCCGAAAAGUACAGGCGCCCAGACGUGGGCAAGGACUACGAGAGCUUCUGGGCGUGGUCGUGCGAGGAUCCGGCAUCAUUUUGGCGCGAAUGCUGGGACGAGGUCGACAUCAUCGCUUCGGUCCGCGCCAAGGACGACGACGUUCUUCCAGAGGGAGACAGGAUAUACCCGCCGCCAAAGUGGUUUGUGGGAGCGAGGCUCAACGUCGCCGAGAACCUGCUGCGGCAUUCGCUGCCGGGCUCGGAGCUCGUGAACAAGCCUGCGCUGAUCCAGGCCACCGAGCCUUCUGCUGAGGAGCCGGAAAACUUUCUAGUGCAGACCACCACGCAGUCUGAGCUUCGACGGCAGGUCGCUCAGGCUGUUCGGGCGCUACGGCAGAGAGGCGUCGUUGCUGGUGAUCGAGUUGCCAGCUAUGCCUCGAACUGCAGCGCCAAUGUCGUUGCCUUUCUCGCCACAGCGGCCAUCGGCGCAAUCUGGAUUUCUGCCGCGGCCGACUUUGCUCCCCAGGGCGUGCUCGAGAGGCUGACGACGGUGCGUCCAAAGGUCCUCUUUGCCGUCAACGCCGUGCGUUACAACGGAAAGGUGCAUGACCACACCGAAAAGGUCCGAGCAGUCGUCGAUGGUCUCGACGCCUCGGCCGGCGCGGAGGAGCAGAAGCUCGAGGGCGUCAUCCUGAUCCCUUAUAUGGCCUCCUCUCCCACGACGCUCGACAAGACCAAAGGGUGGACAAGCUGGGAGAGCUUCCUGAAAGAAGAGGGAAGGGCGAGAGAGGGCGAGGACGAAUCAUCGAUCGACUUUGCGCAGCUCGACUUCAACCACCCGCUCUGGAUCCUCUUCUCGUCUGGCACGACGGGCAAGCCAAAGGCCAUCACGCAUCGUGCAGGCGGUAUGCUCUUGCAACUAGCCAAAGAGCAUCUCAUUCACGGCGGCAUGACACCUCAAGACGUCUUUUUCCAGUACACAACCCCUGGCUGGAUGAUGUGGAACUUCCUCGUGGCCGGUCUCGUCUCUGGUGCGCCCCUCGUCCUCUUUGACGGCUCUCCCCUGCGCCCAUCUGCUUCAUCGCUCUGGAGCCUGGCAGACAAGCUCGGCAUCACCGUCUUUGGCACCAGUGCUGCCUACCUGGCUGCCCUUGAGAAGAGCGGCUGUGAGCCACGACGCGAAUUUCCCAGCCUCAAGGUCCGCCAAGUCCUCUCGACAGGCUCUCCGCUGCGGGCCGAUCUGUACCCAUUCAUUAUGAAGGCCGUCGGACCAGACACGCUCAUAGGAUCGAUCACCGGCGGCACAGACAUCUGCUCCCUCUUCGCGGGCCACAACGUCGCGCUGCCCGUGCGCGCCGGUGAGAUCCAGGCUCGGAACCUCGGCAUGGCCGUGCAAAUCUAUUCGGACGCGGGCAAGCCACUCGGAGCGGGGAGCCCGGGCGACCUGGUGUGCACAAAGCCUUUUCCAGCGCAGCCGCUUGGCUUCUGGGGUCAGGCCUCCGAGGACCGGCAUCGGGAGACGUACUACAGCACCUUUGACAAUGUCUGGUACCACGGCGACUACGUUGUCCUGACAGAGCACCACGGACUUGUCAUGCUCGGCCGUUCGGACGGGGUGCUCAACCCGGGUGGAAUCCGAUUCGGAUCGAGCGAAAUCUACGAGGUCGUCGCAAAGCUGCAGCAGCAGCAGCAGCAGCAGCAGCAGCAAGGGGAGGCCAAGACGACGGCUGCUGCCAGAAUUCAGAAUAGCCUUGUAUGCGGCCUCAAAAUGCCCAAGGGCGACGAUGAAGUCGUUGUGCUCUUCCUCGUCGUGGAGCAGAUCGACGAUGCACAAUGGCAGGCGCUCGUCGACGAGAUCAAGUCUGCCAUUCGUCGGGAGAGGAGCCCAAGGCAUGUUCCCAGGUUCGUGAGGAGAGUCAAGGGCGUGCCCUUGACGAUGAAUGGCAAACUGGCAGAGGUGCCUGCCAAGAAGCUGCUCAACGGGGCGUCGAUAGAGGGCAUCAACAAGGCCACGCUUUCCAAUUCAGACGUGCUGACAGAGUACGUCGAGGAGGGGCGAGUUCUCCGGUCGCAACUCUCUUGAUGUCCAUGUCCCAUUCCUCUCUCUACUCGAGUAGCAGACCAAAAAAAGAACAAGGUUUUGCCCGGCUCC